UGAUGCUGUUACUCUUUGUCCCUACUGUGAUUCUCCUCCUGCAUACCGGGAAUGCCCAAAUCAACAACUGCUCUACCAUCUACAACAGAAUGCCCGACAACCGGGACCUGGUGGUAGACUGUGGCACCAAUAACAUCACCUUGGAGGUGAACCUGUGCACGGCGCAGUGGGGAGGCUACAAUGCCAGCGACCUGGUCCUGAAUGGCGAGCACAACAACAGCCUGUGCAAGGGCAUCAUCGACCCCAGUCGUGAUCCGCCCAUCAUCCGCUACAUGCUGCCCGUCAACAGCAGUGAUGGGAACCCCUGCCGACAGACCCUGCAGAUUGUGGAUGAGGUCCCUCAAGAGGCAAUCUUCAGCUCUUUCUCCAGCAUCCAGUUUGUUAUCAUCAGCGGCUACAUCGACACGCCCAAGUCCUCCUAUGGAAUUAUCAGCUACGCCACUGACCUGUACUACCAGUUCUCCUGCCGCUACCCACUGGAGUACUUCCUAAAACCAAACCAAAUUGUGACAUCCUCAGUGUCCUUGGCCACGAACAAUAACAAUGGCAGCUUUGCAAACACACUGAGCAUGAACGUGUACAAUGACACAAACUACACUAUCCCACUGGACAUACCCCCCACUGGACUCCCCCUGCGCAGACCGAUCUUUGUUGAAGUCAAGGCCACCAACCUCAGUAACAGUUUAAACCUGCUGCUGGAUCAAUGCUUUGCCACCCCGUCUCCCCUGAAUGGCUCCACCACUCAUGUUCACACCUUUUUCAUUGGUUGUCAUGUGGACCCACGAACGGUUGUGUACCAGAACGGCGUGGCCAAGGCAGCCCGGUUCUAUUUCGAGGCCUUCCGCUUUGUUGAGCACCGCAACAGGGAUCGGUCCAGCAUCUUCCUUAACUGCAUCGUGAGACUCUGUGAACCCAGCAAAUGCCUGGAGAUCAUGAAUGCUUGUAAGACCUCAAGGAAAAGGAGGGAUAUUAAAGCCUUCGGAGAGCCGUCAGUUAACUCGGCAACAGUUUCUCUAGGUCCCAUCUACACCGCAGAGGACGCCGUUAACCCAUCUGACGCAAGUGAAUCCACAUACUCUGCCACAGGCUGCGGCCACCGACCGCCUAGAUCUGACAUCAACGUCUUCUUCUCUCUCUCCAUUGCAGUCGGCAUCGUGAUGCUCAUGUUAAACUAGUUCCACCUUCAAAGUCACAUUUCCCUUCAGGUUUCUAUCACCCGCGUAGACCAACAAAUUCUUAUUGGUUGCAAAGGCAAAAACCAAAACUAGCUCCAUGAACACAUUAAUAUGCACUGAACGCAGACACUCCUUCGCCGUUCAGAACUGGUUUACGUGCAAUUACUGCAUUGCACAUUACAGGGAGCCCCCUGACUCCCCGAGGGGCAUUCUGGGUAACCUGCUCGGAUCAGGGCUCUGUAAGUGCUGAGGUCUCGCUGCAGUGAAGCGUCUCGCGGCACCAUUCAGCCACUUUAUUCCCAGUUGACGCGUCACAUUAUGUCUCGGAGGCUGAUCGACCUGUUGCUAGCCUGUGAUGUUUAUAUAUUUUUUUUCCUUGUCCCCGGUGCAUAUUAAUGUAUUUCAAUGAUCAAUGUAACUUUAGAGGAAUCCAGCCUAAAAUCGCGGGUCAUUAUCUAUAGCCUAGAACAUAAAACAACCCUGAACGUAUAAAUGUAAAGAUAAUGAAUAUUAUUAGUAGAUUUUUAUUUGUUUUAGAAGGCACUUUUAACUGAAUGUAUAUAGCUGAAUGCCUACUGGAAAAAUUCAGGUGAAGAAUCUGUUUUAAGGAGAGAAUAGCAGGUUCUUUGAUUUGAGACUCACUUGUGCCACUUGACCCCUAGCCGCUAAACUCCCAGAUUGCUGAUGUGCUAUAUAAU